AUGUCGGCUUAUCCGGUUGAGUACAAUGGCACCAUUGCCACAGGUGGUGACUCGCUCACCGAGGAUUUGAAUAUUUUCUAUAAUGCUGGUGAUAUCGCUUGGGUGAUCGUCUCUUCGGCCCUUGUGCUGCUUAUGAUUCCUGGUGUUGGAUUCUUCUACUCUGGUCUCGCUCGACGAAAGUCUGCCCUCUCCUUGAUAUGGCUGUCUAUAAUGUCGGUCGGAGUGGUGUCAUUCCAAUGGUUUUUCUGGGGUUAUUCAUUGGCCUUCUCCCACUCAGCUGGUAAAUACAUCGGUGACCUCGAGAACUUUGGCUUCCGCAAUGUCCUGGCUGCUCCAUCCGUUGGAAGCAGCAAGGUUCCCGACCUUCUGUUCGCCAUCUUCCAGGGCAUGUUCGCUGCCAUUACAGUUGCUCUCGCAGUCGGUGCCGUCGCCGAGCGUGGUCGCAUGCUCCCCUGUAUCAUCUUCAUGUUCAUCUGGACCACCAUCAUCUACGACCCCAUUGCCUGCUGGACAUGGAACUCAUCUGGCUGGGUCUACCAGCUCGGAGGUCUCGACUAUGCCGGUGGUACUCCCGUCCACAUUGCCUCCGGAUCCGCUGCUCUUGCUUACUCCCUGAUGCUGGGCAAGCGUCGCGGCCACGGAACCCACGAGCUCAACUACCGCCCUCACAACGUUACCCACGUCGUUAUUGGCACAGUCUUCCUCUGGGUUGGAUGGUUCGGUUUCAACGCCGGCUCUGCUCUCUCGGCUAACCUCCGCGCUGUCAUGGCUGCCGUUGUCACCAACCUUGCCGCAUCUGUCGGAGGUGUGACCUGGUGUCUGCUCGACUACCGUCUGGAGCGCAAGUGGUCUACCGUCGGAUUCUGCUCUGGUGUCAUUGCUGGUCUCGUUGCCAUUACCCCCGGCUCCGGAUUCGUCACUCCCUGGGCUGCUUUCAUCUUCGGUGUUGUUGGUGCCAUUGCUUGCAACUACGCUACCAAGAUCAAGUUCCUCAUUGGCAUUGAUGAUGCUCUUGAUAUCUUCGCUGUCCAUACCGUCGGUGGUCUCGUCGGUAAUCUCCUUACCGGUCUCUUCGCUGCUGACUACAUAGCCGCUCUUGACGGUACUGAGAUCGACGGUGGCUGGAUCAACCACAACUGGGUCCAGCUCGGCUACCAGCUUGCCGACUCCGUCUCCGGUUUUGCCUACUCCUUCUUCGGAACAUGCAUCAUCCUCUUCCUGAUGAACCUCAUCCCCGGUCUGAGCCUUCGCGCCCCCGAAGAAGAUGAGAUCAUGGGUAUCGACGAUGCCGAGAUUGGCGAGUUCGCCUACGACUACGUCGAAAUUCGCCGUGACGUUGUCAACGGUGUCGAGGCCGAGGAGAGCGCCUCCAAGCGCACUAUGACCCCCACUGGGGAGAACACAACCAUUGACACUAAGGCUUAA